AUGCCCCCCAAACGCCCAACCCAACAACUAACCCAUUUCCUCGCCCUCCCCCUCCACACCCCGACCUCCCUUCCCCCCCUCCACACAACCCUCCGCACCCUUCCCCCCACCCUCCCCACACACCUCCGCCCCGCCCUCCGACCCCCCACAACCCUCCACUUCACCCUCUGCGUCCUGGAUCUGCGCGACCCCGUCCGCCUCUCCACCGCCCUCUCCAUCCUCCGCACCCUCGACCUCCCACUCCUCUGGGCCAUCGCACAGGGCCCUCCCGCCGCCGGGGGACAAUUACAGAAAGAUGUGCGUGUCACACUGAAGGGGCUGAAGGCAAUGAGGAAUCCAGAGAGCACGAGCGUGAUUUAUGCGCCGCCCGCGGAUGAGACGAAAGCGCUCCAGCGAUUCGGGGAGUUAGUCCGCUCGCACUUCGCGUGUCUGAUUGGACCGCCUCCUACGCCUCCUUCUACACCUCCAGGAGCGGCAGGGCCAGCGCGGCAAGAGACGGUGAUACUACCGCCGCCGAGGCCGUUACCGGGGCUGCUGCUGCAUGCGACGGUGUUUAAUACGGUUUAUAUACCUGGGAGGAGUAGGAGGGAUAGGCAGCGUUUGGAGAUCGAUGCAAGGGCGCUGAUUGAGGCGUUUGGAGAGAUGGUGUGGAUGGAGAAUAUUAGGGUUGAGGAGCUGGUGUUGUGUAGGAUGGGGGCGAAGGAGGUGGACGGGGUGGAGAAGUAUGCGGCGGAGGGGAUGGUGAGCAUGCCUUAGUUGAGUUGUACGGCGAGUAGUGAAGAAUAUCCCAUGAGCCCUGUAUAGCUGGGAUUCCACUUUCUACCUCUCGACCUCCCCGGCCACUCUGAGAGAGAGACAAUGCCCAAAUCCUUGAGAUCGCGGUGCAGGAGGGAUUUGCAAAGGAUGCGCUUAAAGACAUCCAUAAGCUAGCGGGAGCAGUGAAUGCAGGUGACGGGAUAGCAACGGAGAAGGAAGUUCAGGCAGUUUGUGCAAACACAGAGUCAGCUGCAGCGGAUGCGACCACUGUGAGACAGGUGGCAGAGUUGCGGCUAUAUUUGCAUUGUUGCGGCCUCCUCUUCCUAUUACAGACGCAGGGAAGGUAGUAGUAGCGCUAGAGAGAAUCGCUACAGCUUUGGAGAGAAUUGCUACUCUCAUAGAGAAGUUCGACCCGGGGAUCUCAUAGUAGACCCUAGUGGUUACAGCACGAGAGUGGCGAAAGUGUCAAUUUAGAACGGUGACAGGAUUAUAACGACAGUGAUAACCCAUCUGCCUCAUUCUCGAAACACGGGUAAUACCGCUGUAUUGCGUUUAAUUCUAGACCCUAUGUUCCUCCUAGAUUGUUUAUUAAAUCUAUCUAAGAACAUUUUCUAAUUUAUUCGCGCUUACGACAGUUCUUCUCGCUGGUUAAUGACAGAAGUGACUGCCAGGCGAGAGGAUGUGCGCGCCGAUCUCGUUGGUUUUUUUCGAGGAGGACGACGCGGAA